AUGAAUAAAUUUAAUGCUAGCAGUCAUCAACAGCGAUCUCAGGAACAAACCAAAACCUUCCUUAUCAACGAUCCCCAGCACUGUUCAGUUUCUGCAACCCUUUCAUUAGACAGACCUAAAAAGCUAUUCUUCGCUAAGGCGAAAAAACCAGCGAAAAGUUCGGCUACAGCAACAUUUCAAGUUGGCUCGAUAUCAAAUGAGCAAAGUUUGGAAAAUGUAGGAAAAUCUCAAGAUUUGCAAGUUGUGAUAUCACAACAGCAAGACAUUCUAAAUCCUUCAGUUUCAACAAAUGAUAAUUCAGAUAUAAUUUGUAAAGCCAAAUAUUGUGACAUGACACAAGAUGAUGCUAAUAUUAACGGAUAUGAAGCUAAUUUUUCCCAGUCUACGUCGAAUUCACGUGAAUCGGUUGUUAAUGGAGGGGAUUGUUCAUCUAUACAUAGCAUACAAUCACAAGAUGGCAAUAAUACAAAAUAUCAACAGAAUAACAGUCGUAGUAGUGAAAAUCGCGAAUCAUUCGGGAAUAGACUUAGUCGUGGAUUUCUAGAUUUUACACAAGGUAGUAGUGAUCGACUUCAAAAAUGGAAAAAUAAACUACAACAUGGCCAACGACAUAAGGAUUCUAGUGAACCACCACCUGUUAGCAGGUAUACUUAUAUAUCAAUUAAUUAUCAUAAUAUAAAUAUAUCAAUUCUUAUAUUAAAAAAGUGUGACCAAUCAGUUUCUUUGGGAAAUAUGUCAGUAGUGAAUAAAGAAGAAAAUUUGUCACCACAAAGUGAUAAAGUUAUUCCUGAUUCUAAACUUACUACCACAGCAAAUCAGCUAUGCGGUGCUAAAUUUGCUUCGGUAAGGUCAGCUUUUGCACCCCAAAUGAAGAUUUCUAGAUCAGGAAUGAUACAAGCCUCUCGAUCAGUUAGCAAUCUUGUUCUGGCCAGUGAAAACAUUACAAACAGCCGAAGUGAAGAAUGUGAUUAA